AGAGGGAGAGAGAGAGAUUGGAGGAGGAGAGAGGAGAGACUCGCAAGCAAACACACUGGGAUUCCAUCAGAAAAAACUGAGGCGAGCGAGAAGAGGUUAGCGGGAGAAGAUUUUUCGAAUCUCUUCUCGGUGCAAAAAGAAGAGACUCUUGUCCCUCCUGCCCGGAGCUCCUCCAGGAUUGUUUCUUGGCUUCAAAACCUUUCUGUGGAUUUCUUUCUUUUUGCCGUUCUUCCCUGCUUUUCAUUCCCAUCCCCUCAUUCCCUCCCUCGUUUCCUGCCUGCCUCCCCACUCACCGUGGUCCCCUAACCUUCCCGGCUUCUCCUCUUUGGGAAGGGGGCUUAGACGCGGAACCGGCCGUUACUCGCAUCUCCGGAAAAGAGCGAAAGAGAGAUUUGACCGCUGGACCGGAAUAUUGCUUUUGGGUUUUGAUUUUUAUUGGGGAAGGGGGGCCGCGAGAGACACCCCCCCUCCUCGCAACCUGUCCAGGGAGAAUUGAAGGCCGCCGGGACACCAGACCAUCGUCGGCUACAGGAAGGAAUAUCUGGGAUUUCCGCAUUGGAUUUGGGGUUCCUUAUUACUGGCUUGGCUAUUACUCUCGGUUCUCUCUUUUUUAACCCAAGGGGGAAAGGAAAAGAAAAACACUGUUGGAUCUCUCUAACAUGAUCUUGGCAAACGCUUUUUGCAUCUUCUUCUUUUUAGACGAGACCCUCCGCUCCCUGGCCAGCCCCUCCUCUCCCCAGGGCUCAGAGCUCCCCGGCUGGCGCUCGCCAGUGGACUGCGUCCGGGCCAAUGAGCUGUGUGCAGCCGAGGCCAACUGCAGCUCCCGCUACCGCACGCUGCGGCAGUGCCUGGCCGGCAGGGACCGGAAUACCAUGCUGGCCAACAAGGAGUGCCAGGCGGCCCUGGAGGUGCUGCAGGAGAGUCCCCUGUACGACUGCCGCUGCAAGCGCGGAAUGAAGAAGGAGCUGCAGUGCUUGCAGAUCUACUGGAGCAUCCACCUGGGGCUGACGGAGGGUGAGGAAUUUUACGAAGCUUCACCCUAUGAGCCUGUCACCUCCCGCCUCUCUGACAUAUUCAGGCUUGCAUCAAUCUUCUCAGGGACGGGGGCUGAUGCGGCCUUGAGCACCAAAAGCAACCACUGUCUGGAUGCUGCCAAGGCCUGCAACCUGAACGACAACUGCAAGAAGUUGCGCUCAGCCUACAUCUCCAUCUGCAACAGGGAGAUUUCCCCCGUGGAGCGCUGUAACCGCCGCAAGUGCCACAAGGCCCUGCGCCAGUUCUUUGACCGCGUGCCCAGCGAGUACACCUACCGCAUGCUCUUCUGCUCCUGCCGGGACCAGGCCUGUGCUGAGCGCCGCCGGCAGACCAUCCUCCCCAGCUGCUCCUAUGAGGACAAGGAGAAGCCCAACUGCCUCGACCUGCGUAACGUGUGCCGGACGGACCACCUCUGCCGGUCCCGGCUGGCCGACUUCCACGCAAAUUGCCGAGUCUCCUACCAGACGCUUACCAGCUGCCCCGCGGACAAUUACCAGGCCUGUUUGGGUUCCUAUGCGGGCAUGAUUGGAUUUGACAUGACUCCCAACUACGUGGACUCCAGCCCGACCGGCAUCGUGGUUUCCCCCUGGUGCAGUUGCCGGGGGAGCGGGAACAUGGAGGAGGAAUGUGAGAAAUUCCUGAAGGAUUUCACCGAGAACCCGUGUCUCCGAAAUGCUAUCCAGGCCUUCGGCAAUGGCACGGAUGUGAACAUAUCCCCCAAGGGCCCGCAGUUCCAUGCCACCCAGUCCCCCAGGAUGGAGAAGACCCCUUCCUUGCCAGACGACCUCAACGACAGCACCAGCCUGGGGACUAGCGUCAUCACUACCUGCACCUCUGUCCAGGAGCAGGGGUUGAAGGGAAACAAGUCCAAAGAGCUGAGCAUGUGUUUCACCGAGCUCACCACGGACCUCACCCUCGGUCCUAAGUUCUUGGGGGACUCCAACUCACUCAGCCACCGGGCUAGUCCUGCGGCCGUCUUGAUCGUCCUCCCUUGUCUGAUGCUGAAGCUGACUUUGUAGAUGCCGGGAAUCAACUUUGAAGACUUCCCCACAGAAUUCAAAACUAAAUUCAAAAGAACCAAUCUAACAAAACAGAAACACACACACACACACACACACAAAUAUACACACACCACAUGCUUACACACACUACAUUCAUGCACACAGAACAAAAACACACACUUUCCUUGCAAAAAUCCCCACCUUGUCUCUGAACUUGUCUCCUUCCAGGAUUCUGCUCUGGAGAAGUUUUUCUAAUCCAAACAGACAAACAGGUGGGUAGCCUGUGAGCUGGCACUUGGCACCCCUGGCAUGGGAAGGCCAGUGCCCAGGCAGUACACAUGGCCCUAGGAAAGCAUUUUCUUGGUGUUUUUCCCCCCUCCUGCUUUCCAAAGCAAGGGACCAAGGCAAGACAUCAUGAACAGCUCAAAUUCCAGACAGCUGAAGCUCAUCCUGGGAACAGGGUCCUGGCUUCAUUUUUCAGCCUGCUUGGGGACCGAACUUACUGGGCUUGUUCGGGGUUGUGUGUGCGUGUAUGUGUCGUGUCCAGCUCAGCAGGGAUGGGAAUUGGUCGGCACGUAGGGGAAGCCUACUCCAAAAGCCGAGGCUGGGAACUUCAGUUGUUCCCCGUGGCUGGAGAAUCCCAUCUGUUCCUUCUCUUUUCCCUAUGUCCUCCAAUGGGGCUGAGCAUUACCUAUUCCAGUCGCUCUGUACGCUGGUGUUUGAAUCCCUGAAAUUUCCACGGAAGGGAAAGGAAAAUUUAGGGUCUGUUAGAGUCCUUGUGAGCUCCUCUCCAUCCUACUGUGGCACAAGGGGCCAGCCGGCCUGCCAAAGACGUGCAGGAUAGAGGGAACCAUCCAUGUCGGGGGGUUGGGGAAUGUUCCUCUUUCUUUGAUGGCAAAUAUUUGAAAAAUCAAAGACAAAGGGAUACUUGGGGUUGGCUUGUUCUCUUUCUAGUCUGUUUGAUAGGUUUCCCUCAAGGGAGGGGGGCAGCGGGUGGAAGAGGACACUGUUGGAAGUGUAUGUGUGUUUAAAUCUCUUUCUCUCUCUGUUUCUCUCCCUCUGUAUCUCCCUCCCUUUUACCUCUUCCUCUUCUGAGACAUACCUGGACUGUAUGUACAUAGUGAGCCCUCUAUUGACAUAUAUGUAUAUACAUAUCCAUAUACAUAUACUGUGUGGUUUUCCCUUUCUUUCCUUUUUUAAAAAAAAGACAAAAAAAAUCAACAGAUGAGCGAAAAUGUAUUAUUGUAAAGUUUAUUUUUUUUAAUACUGUUGUCUAUAAUGGAAAAAAUGAAGUUUAAGCCCUUGCAGCCGUGCUCUGGACUCAUCAGUGGGGCUGGGAAGGGAGCAGAGACCAAUAUCCACGCUUAACCAAUGGCUCAAAUAAAAGUACUAGGAAGCAA